GCUAAAAUAUUCACCCAAUAUCUCACCUUUAUCCUCUCCUCACCACCCUGUUCAUUUCAUCCAAGCCACCGCAAAGAAUAAAUCAUUCAUAUUCAUGAAAAACUGUUGACUACUCAACUGUUUUAACUCUCAUUUGCUGGCAAAAAUCCCUGGGAUUCCACUUCUCAUACGCAACCAGUCAACCACCAAUUAUUUCCACACAAAACCCAUUAAAGAGCCUCCCUCAAUCUUCACAAAAACAACAUUUCCAUCAAAAAGAUUCAAUUUUUAUUAAUGGGUUUUCUUUAAAGAACCUCUCUUUACAAGGUUUUAUCAAAAAGCUCAAAUUUUUAAGAAAUGGGUUAUCUUUCUUGCAAAAGUGACUCAUCUAUUUCUAUAUCUAAUCCACAGCCCAGAUACCCAAGAAUCAAAACCCAGAAAAAUCAAGAAAACCCCAUUAAAAUUCAGGAAAACCCCAUUAAAAUUCAAGAAUUUAGCUACACUGAUCUCGAGUUAGCUACAAACAAUUUUUCACCACAGAAGCUUCUUGGGAGAGGGAGUCAUGGGUUGGUUUAUAAAGCAAUUCUCAAGAAUGGUCUUCAAGUUGCUGUGAAGAGGCCUAGUAGAGGUACUAUCAAUUCAAGAUCAAAACUUUCUAAUUCUUUUUCACAGUCAAGGAACAUAGUUAAUGAAGUUGAGAAUGAGAUUGAGAUUUUGUCACAAAUUCAUAGUCCUAGGCUUGUUAAUUUGUUGGGGUUUACUAAUGAUGAUAAAGAUAGGCUUUUGGUGGUUGAGUUUAUGAGUAAUGGGACAUUGUAUGAUUAUCUGCAUUCAAAUUGUAGGCCACCUAAUUGGGGUAAGAGAAUUAGGCUGGCUUUACAGACUGCAAAGGCUUUGGAGACUUUGCAUUGUUCGAAUCCUCCUGUAAUUCACAGGGAUAUUAAGUCCGCUAAUGUGUUGAUUGAUAAUAAUGUGAAUGCUAGAUUGGGUGAUUUUGGAUUGGCACUUAGGUGUCAUGUUGAUGAUAUAUAUAGGCUCAGGUCUACGCCUCCGGCUGGGACUAUGGGUUAUCUUGAUCCGGGUUAUGUGACACCGGAUAAUUUGAGUACGAAGAGUGAUGUGUUUAGUUUUGGGAUUUUGCUGUUGGAGAUUAUUAGUGGUAGGAAGGCUAUUGAUGUUGGGUAUUCUCCGCCUUCGAUUGUGGAUUGGGCUAUUCCGUUGAUUAGGAAGGAGAAGCUUUUGUGUGUUUUUGAUCCGAGAAUUGAGCCACCAAGAGACCCUCUUGUGAGGAGACAAUUGACGGUAAUUGCAGCCAAGUGUGUGAGGAGUUGUAGAGAUAGGAGGCCGACAAUGAGUGAGGUUGUUGAGUGUCUUAGUAGAUUAAGUAAACUGGUUCCUCUUCAUUCAUGGAAUGGUUUUAGUAAUCCCUGUCUGAUGGUUGAGAAUGUGGGAUUACCUGUGCGGAGUAGCCCAUCAAAUGCAAGGCUAAAGAACGGGGAAGAAGAAAGAUUAGAUGGUCUGGAUGCAGUAUUUGCUAGGUCAUUGAGGUAUCCACGGAGAGUGUAUUCUGAUAUGGGAUUUAGAAACAAUUUGAUGGAUCUAAUGGCUGGCACUGACGGGGCGUCGGGUUCUCAGCGAGGAAAUGAUGGAUUCGAGCCAAAGGUGAAACCAAAGACUAAAGUUUCAAGUUAUAGAAGUGAAAGUGGAAGAGUCAUUGGGAAAAGGAGCAACAAAUCGCACGUUAAUGAAGAUGAGAAAGAAAGUGUCUUUGACUUGAUCAAAUUCCAGUCAUUUAGGGAGACUGCUACGGAUAUGCAUCAUCGUGUACAUGACAGAAUUGCUGGUUCAAGUCGGUUUCAAGGCUAGUGAAUCUAGUCAGCUUACUUAAAAUCUACUUCAUUGAACAAGUUUGAGUCUAUUCCUGCAGCCAAACAAAGCUCGACCUGUAAGCUUAUCUUGCCUCAAAUCACAUUGAUCGUCUAUAGUAUGGUUUUUCAAUUUGUUUUCUUCAGUGUAAUUGCAAUCUUAAAUUGAACUGUGGAUGUUAUUCAUUUGUAUAUUGGAAGUACACUGAUGAUGUAUUCUUCUAGUGUGGUAGCCAUUCUCUUCUUAUCAUUGUGCAAAGAAACUGAGUAAUAAGAAAACAGUGUUCAGUAAA